GAGGGCACAAGGAGAAGGGGACGACAGAGGACGAGAUGGUGUCUAUGGAGAAGGAGGAGGCUGCAAAUAUCUCUGAGGCAGGCCAGGCUCAGGCAGCUGUGAAACGGAGGCAACCAUGGCAGGAAAAGGAACAAGAAGUUGACAAUGAGGAGGCCAGAUGUCUGAGUGAUGUGCAGGUAGUUGAGAAUGAGGUAGAACCAUGUGCGAUUCUGCCAGGACUUAAGCAUGAAGAUGUAAAAGAGAACUUGAAACACAAGAGAGUUCCUACAAGAGAGAGACCCCAUAAAUGUGAACAGUGUGGGACAAGCUUCAAUUGGAAGUCAAACCUUAUUGCACAUCGAAGACUCCAUGCAGGGGUGAAGCCAUAUACACACGCCAGGGGUGGAAAGAGCUUCUGUUGUACAUCAAAAGUUGCCAGAAGUCAAGGAAUUUGCACAGGAGAGAUGCUCUAUAAAUGUGACGUGUGUGAAAAGAGCUUCAAGAGGAAGUCAAACUUGACUGCACAUCGAAGAAUUCACACUAGAGAGACAUUUCAUAAAUGCUCAGACUGUGACCACAGCUUCAGUAACAGCACAAACCUUACUGCACAUCAGAGAACCCAUACAGAGAAAAAGCUAGACAGUGGCACCAGUUAUGCUUCUCAAGCAAGCUCUAUUGAACAUAAAACAAUCCGCACUGAAGAGAGACCUUAUAAAUGCUCAGCAUGUGAACAUAGCUGCAGUAGCAGCACAAACCUUAUUGCACAUUGGAGAGCCCACAUAGAGAAGGCAGGUUGUGGCAUAAGCUCUGUUCCUCCAUCAGACUUUGUUGGAGAUGACACAACCCGCUCUGUAAAGAAACAUUUUAUAUGCUCCAAAUGUCAGACGUGUUUCAUGUCUCCCUUAAGCCUUGGAAUACAUCAGCUGGGUCACAAAGAGCAGGUACCGUAG